CGCUGCCUUCACUCGUUCAGUUUAGGCGGUAGGACUUUGUUUCCUGACAGUUCGUUAUUAUUUUCAGCUCAUAAAAAUGUGAAUAUUUAUCAGAAUAAGAUCUUCGGACUCCAGAAGCGCCGGUUAUCUGCGUGUUGAUGGAGCCGGGCUGUAAACCCUCCGCGGCGGAGCGAGAAAAGGAGGUGCUGACGGUGCCCCCUAGGGGCAGGACGAUGUCCGACAGCGCGUCCCUGACCUCCUAUGCUGAAUACCCUGCUGGCCGACCUUUCAUCAACACCCGCUUACCGCGCUCACUAAGACCUGUUAAAGCUUUUCCAGAGAGCAGCAGCGGAGCAAUCCUCUCUGCUCUGAAGAACCUGCAGGAGAAGAUCCGCAGGCUGGAGCUAGAGCGGACCUUAGCAGAGCAGAACCUGCAGAAGCUCUCGCGAGAAAGCUCUCGCACACAGAGUGUUCUGGAGAGAGAGCGAGAGAGCAGCCAUGCGGAGAGACCAAAGAACCAAGACCUGGUGUCUCAGUUAGCUGCAGCAGAGGCCAAGUGCUCUUUACUGGAAAAGCAGCUGGAAUAUAUGAAGAGGAUGGUGAGAAGCACUGAAUCGGACCGAACUGCUGUGCUCAAACGACAGGUGCGUGUGCAGGAGUCGUCUGAGCCGUCUGAUGUGCGUUUGAAGCUGGAGAAGCUGGACAUGCUGGAGCAGGAGUACCAGAGACUGACCCUCACUCAGAACGCCGCAGAGGCCAAGAUUAGAGAGCUGGAGAGAAAACUGCAGGAGGAGGAGCACCAGAGGAAACUCGUACAGGACAAAGCAGCACAGUUACAGACAGGUCUGGAGGCCAAUCGGAUUCUGAUUGAGUCAGUAUCACCCCGCCCACACAAGUCCUCGAAGAAUAAAAAGAAGAAAGUUGCCUCAAAGCCCCUGCAGCAGCAGUAUUCUCACGCGCAGCCGCAUUACCGACUGAGUUUGGGGGACGUUCCUUUUGUGGCUGGAACGUCCACUGGAGCGAGUCACUCCGUCCGUGCGAAUGUCCAGCACGUUCUCCACCUCCUGAAGCAGCAUAACCGUCAGCUCUGUAAUGAGCGCGUGCUCGGAGACACGCCCCUAGCCAAUGGGAAAGGGCCAUCAGAACGUCAGUCAAGCAGUAGCUCCUCCUCUUCCUCCUCCUGUAGCGAAGAGCUCUCAGACCUGCUGCUGGCCUUACAGGACGAGUUUGGAACCAUGAGCUUCGAACACCAGGAGCUGGGUAAGCAGAUCCAGGCGUGUCGUUCGGACCGAUUGAGGCAGGAUCUGGAGAGAGAGAUGGAGAACCUGGUGAAGAAGAUGGAGGGAAAAGGAGAACAGAUCGCCAAAGUCCGACGCCAUCAAGCACUGAUGGAGAAGAUGAAGAAGCAGUCUCGUCGGCGGAGUCCUGGUGGCGGUGAGGUGAAGGUCACUACGACGGUGAGCACCCGAGGCCGUGCGGCCGAGCCGGUGAAGGUAAAGUCCAGGCCGGGAGGCCGCAGCAAAGACAGCCUGCGCCUGCUCCGGGACAUGCGCUCCCUACAGACGUCCUUACGCACUGACCAAGUGUCCUGGGACUACUGAAAUUCGGACAACUACAGCAAAUAAACACUCUUUGGAAGACCGCAUUGGACUGGACUGACCUUUUCUGGCUACAGUGACUUGUGUAGGUCGUCCAGGCCUGCUGACGGACCACAGUCCUAAUACAGCCUGAGAGAAAUGGACAGUCCAGAAUGGGGCUGUUGUCAUUCAGGCUUGACCUGAGUCGCGGCUGCACAGUGGAUCAUUCGACAAUCGUUAUUGCGAUAUUGACCUUCACACAAUGCAAUAACCAAUCACAGUGUUGUUUACUGUGUGCUGACCAAUCACAGCUCCAGUUGAGCGCUUCUGUGGGUGCUUUGACGAAUCAAGGUUUUCAACUACAGCAGUGUUUUAAAUAUCGCAAUACGUAUCGAAAUCGCAGUAUCGCAGUGUGGAGCAGUGGGGGCACCCGUGGUCAGAUUGUGUUUUGAAUACUUUUUUAAGUGAAAAUAAGUGAACACAUCCUCUGCCCAGGACAUUUUAAUGCACAAUUACUGUUUAUUUGCCUAAUUUAACAUAUUAUAGAACAAACAUGGCCUGUAAUUAUGGCACUAUCUGUAUGUUAUGUUUUAUGUUUUAUUUAAUAUGUUAAAUUCAGCAAACAAAUAGAAACUGUGCACUAAAAUUAGCAGAAAAAUGUCAUGUUCACGUAAAUUAAAAUAUUCAGUUUUUAUUUAACAAACGUAAUUUGACUGGGGUGCUCACACUUCUGCGUACCACUAUAUUUCAGGGGAUUUAUUCCAGUGCAGAUGAACGCCUUCUACCUUCCUGCAAAGUGUGGUUCCAACUGCAGUCUGCCGCACCUGCUCCAGCUAAUUUACCAGUUUAGAAGCCUUUGAUUGGCUGGAUCAGGUGCCUUAGCAAGCUUGGGGCAGCUUGUUGGAUGCAGAUCUCCAGGAGGAGGGUUGGUGACCACUGAGCACAUGUUUGGUGUCUGAAGUAGCAAAAGACGUUGAUGCUAAUAUAAUAGAAGUCUUAGUUUCGUUGUCCUACGUUUUUCUUGCACUUCUUUUUUUCACCUCAUCAUCAGGUUUUGUGCAUCAAAAACAGUCAUAUAACUUUAACAUGAAUGGGCGGAGCUAAACCGCCAUAGGCCAAAUCAAUUAUGGAAAUCCGAGCCAAAGUGCUGCGGAGAUCAGCGUUUACCCUCGUCUAACGCUCUGAAUUCAGUUCAUGAAGGUCUUGCUAAUUAGCUGAUGAGCUGAAUUAGGUGUGUUUGAUGAGGCAGUGAGCUGAAGUCAGUAUUUUGGCCCGCACAGACUGGAGCCUGACACAUGUGAUGUAAAUGCUUUGGUUUUUGCGACAUCGCAGAAACGACAAAUACAAAACAAGCUGUUGUCACAGCUUAGUUUCUGUAUAAGGACUGGAGCGAAAUUUGAUUUUCUGUGGUACGGGCCUUUUAAAGAAGCAGACUUCAGACACCAAACAUGUUGGCUCAACAUUGUUGAGGGGAAAGUGGGACCACACAUUUUUUUAGUAUAAUUUUCCUUUAAGGCGAGCUAUGUCAAGUUUGCCUCAAAGGGGAAUUCCACCAAUAUUUCAAAAUUGCUGCAUAACUCAGCUCAGAGUGGUUUGAUGUGAAAUGCUUCAUUGUAGAGAAACGUAUCAACUUUGUUUACAGUGGUGUUGAUAGGAACCAGCAGUCGUAGCAUCUACAACAUGAAUAUAUUACAUAAUAAAAACAUAUUUUAUUUACCAUACAAAACCACCAGUGUGGUGAGUACGUGUGUUGAUGAUAGUAGUGAUAAAUCUGAAAAAUUUGAAAGUUUUCUCCUAUUUUGCCUUGAAUGCGUUUAACGGUACAUUUUAGGCCACAAUCUUAUCUCAAAACCUUUGUAAAUAAUAAUGUGUGUGUUUAUAUAUCUAUAUAUGUCUAGAGCAUCAGGCGGCAUAUUUCUAACCAAUUCAUUUAAUUUUCGAUGACUUUCUGGAUGGCUUGUAGAAGCAUUGGUUCCAAUCACCGCCACUAUGAACGGUUCAAACAUUUCGCAUCAGAUCAUCUGAAUGACUCACAUCUUAAUCAGUUAAUAAUGCAGAAAUUUUGAAAACCCGUGGAGUUACCAUUUAAAAUCAUUCCUGAUCCACAUUACGACCUCAGUCUGCACAAAAAAUGUGAUAUGGAUUUUCUUUCUUCACAGUUCUUGGACAUUAACUUGAAAAUGAACCGGCCUAGCAGUGUCCUCUCAUGUGUUCGGACCUCAUAUUUGACCAAAACAGCACAUAACCUGUCUGCGCAGUUGCAUUAGAAUUACAUUCCAUAUUUUCAACAUGUUGAGUUUUUUUUGUUUGGCCAAUGCAGUGGUGUGUUUGUGUAAUGUUUGCCUUGAUGUUCACAUUUCUAACAAACCGAUGACGAAGAAAAACGGUGGACGAGUCUGUUUUGCACUCAGAGUCGAAGACGUGAAUCCAGUUGUGUUAUGUAGCCCUGAGAAAUGGCUUAUCAGAUACAGUAAGUCAUUUAAACGUUGACGUUUUGGUAGAGUGAGGACGUGUCGUGUGGUCAGCUGUGGUUUCUUAGCUUUGCUGUGCUUGAGCUGAUUAGGUUAGAACAAAUUUGGUUUUGCAAUGAAUCUUUGGACUGAUUAUAUUUUAAGGGAAGGAAAUAUUUCCCAGAAUUAUUUCUAUGGCUGUGAAAACUUUGCUGAUUCUCUGCACUAAAUAGGCUGCGCUAAAGGGCUUAUGGACGCUGACUGUGCAGUGAUGAUGUCCAAGCGGAGGUGCUUUAAACUUUAUGACUGUUUUUUAAUAUUAAAUUAUAGGAAGGAAGGAACUCGCUUUUGACUGUCCAGCCACUGGAACGUCAUUGAGUAGAAUUGCUGAGGGAAGAUUGCCGUCCAUCGUUCGGCCGGUCACAAUCAAGAAAUUUUAGCUGACCUUUCUUUUGCCAUUUAAACAAUUGCGAUUAACAGUUUUCCUUUUUUUGAAAGGCAGUUCAGUUGUGUUGAAGUGUAAGCCUAAAGUGGCCAAAUUGGAUUAGCUGUCUUGCUUCCAAGCCGAGAGACACAGCUGGAGUCCAAAUUAACAAUCUUUACUCGCUGCUGCCCUCUAUAGGUGCUAGGAACAAACAAUGUAGCGAAAAUAUCUAAUUGCAGUUUUUCUUUCCAGUAUUCCAAUUUGAAUGCAAUUCAUUCCUAUAAAUUAAUUUCCAGAUCUUUUAUUUUGCCAAGAAGGCCACACACAUUUUUUUGGACGGAAUGUUUCGGACCGCCAGUCCACAAGGUCACUUUCCUGCUUAAAGCUUUAAGGCAACGUUACAUGAUUUAUAAUUAAAGUUGCACUCUUUCGAAUUGUCGUUUAAAGAACGAUUCAUCAUUCAACCCUUACUGCUGCCCCGACACCAGAAGUUGGAACCUUUGUUGUUUUUGUAAAACCCUGAAGUGCCUCAAUAAAUGCGUUUUCUGCUAGAUUUUCAUCGAGUUUGCCUCGACCCAACUGAAGAAAAUGCGCCCGAUUCACAUCCUGUUUGUUGCAAUGUAAACAUAUAAUAGUGAAAGUUGAGCAGUGGACAGUAACUGCAGUCGGCGCAGGACUGAACGAUAAAUUGUUUUUAUAUGGAAAUCGUGAUGUGAAAAUGUGCAGUUUUCAAAAUGCAAGAGCUGCAGUUUUGGAUAUAGUUUAGUUUAUAGAAAAUAACUGCAUGUAAAUUGCAAUUUGAUAUUUUCCCCAAAUCAGUGCCCAAACUUUUUGUUCUGGGGGGCCUGAAAUGCAAUGUUUGUGGUGGGCCAGAAAGACAAAACAGUAUGCAAGUAAAGAAGAUGGGUGGGCUGUAAAUCAAAAUCAGUUUUUUAAAACGAUUAUAUGUUUUCUGAAAAGUAAACAUACUUCACGUAUAUGAUCUUAAACGAAAAAUAAAAAAUCUAUAAAAUGAGAAGU